AUGGGUAAGGUUUGUUAUUUGGACAAUCUUAUAGAGGAUUUUCUGUCCUUGUUAGAUUUACUGAAAAUUGGGAGAGGUCUUGGGUAUGAGGUUGACAUUUCUCAAGUUGAGCAACGUUUGGAAAUUAGGUGUAAAAAUCCUGAUGGUGGACUAGAGCUUGUUACAUCGAAUGCUACAGUGGUUGAAAUGGUUGGUCACAUACCAUCCAAUAAGGUUAUUGUGUUGUACUAUAGUGAGAGUGAAGACUAUGAGUAUGAUGCAGAUGCAGAGAAUUGUGAUGGGGAUUUGACUCAGAAUUACCAAGUGAAUUGGGUGGAUUAUAUUGAAGUUGAAGCUAAGGAGACUUUUGAGAAUGUUGGGACAAAAGUGGCAAAUGAAGAUGCAGGGGCAAAAUUACCAAAUAAAGAUAUAUGGGCACAUUUCACUAUUGAUACUGUAGGGGCAUAA